CAUUUUCUGGACACUUUCUGUUGUUUUCGCCAUCGUGCCGUUCCGCUCCAAAAUCAUGCAUGCAAACAGACAGAAGGAGGUCAAAGACAAGCUGAGGUUCACCACGUUCUACAUUUACUUCAGUUUUACCCUGCUUGAACUCAUCCUGUCCUGCUUCAAUGAAAAGCCUCCUCUAUUCUCCAGCGCCGUCACGGACCCUAACGCGUGUCCAGAAACCAGCGCUGGAUUCCUCUCCAGAAUGACCUUCUGGUGGUUCACCAGAAUGGCCAUCAAAGGCUUCAAAUCCCCGCUGGAGAAUAAAGACCUGUGGUCCCUGAACAAGAAUGACAGUUCAGAGUUGGUGGUUCCUGGUCUGCUCAAUCAGUGGGAGGUGGAGAAAUCCAAAGCUCACAGCAGCGAUGAUCAGAAUGUCAAGGAGCAGGUCACGUUUACCAAACCCGGCUCAGGAGCUGAAAGCAACCAUGUGAAUGAGAGUCCGGAGGAGGCUGAGGUUCUGCUGUCCAAACAGCAACAACAGUCCCGACAGCCUUCGUUCCUGUGGGCCCUGCUGAGAGCCUUCGGGCCCUACUUCCUCAUCGGCUCCGCUUUCAAACUCCUGCAGGAUCUCAUUACCUUCAUCAACCCUCAGCUGCUCAGGAUGUUGAUAGCGUUCACCAAGCAGUCAGGUGUCCCAUCGUGGUGGGGUUACGCUCUGGCGUUUCUGAUGUUCGGCACGUCUCUCCUGCAGACGCUCAUUCUGCAUCAACACUUUCAGUACUGCUUCGUCACGGGCAUGAGGCUGCGCACAGGCAUCAUCGGAGCCAUUUACAGGAAGGCUCUGGUGAUCACGAACGAGGCCAAGCGCUCCUCUACCGUGGGCGAGGUGGUCAAUCUGAUGUCCGUAGAUGCGCAGCGCUUCAUGGAUCUCACCACCUUCCUCAACAUGCUGUGGUCGGCGCCGCUGCAGAUCUUCCUGGCGCUCUUCUUCCUCUGGCAGAAUCUGGGUCCGUCAGUUCUGGCUGGUGUGGCUGUCAUGGUCUUGCUGAUCCCCUUCAAUGCUUUCAUUGCCAUGAAGACCAGAACAUACCAGGUGGAGCAGAUGAAGUAUAAAGACGACCGCAUUAAACUGAUGAACGAGAUCCUGAAUGGCAUUAAGGUGUUGAAGCUGUACGCCUGGGAGCCGUCCUUCAGGGACAAGAUCCUGCAGAUCCGGCAGAAGGAGCUGCACGUGCUGAGGAAAACGGCGUAUCUCAGUGCUCUGUCCACCAUGGCCUGGACCAGCGCUCCAUUCCUGGUGGCGUUGACCUCAUUCGCAGUGUUCGUGAAUGUGGAUGAGAAAAACGUGCUGGAUGCAGAAAAGGCCUUUGUGUCGCUGUCUCUGUUCAACAUCCUGAGGUUUCCAUUGAACAUGCUUCCUCAGGUCAUCAGCAGCAUCGUACAGGCCAGCGUGUCUCUGAAACGCCUGCAGGAUUUCCUGAAUCACGAUGAACUGGAUCCCGAAAGUGUCGACAGGAAGAGCAACACAACAGAAUAUGCUGUGACUGUCGUCAAUGGGAAAUUCUCCUGGGCCAAACGUGAUCAAGUCAUUCUGGACAACAUUAACGUGCUGGUGCCGCAGGGCUCUCUGUUGGCUGUGGUCGGUCAUGUGGGCUGUGGGAAAACCUCACUGAUAUCUGCUCUGCUGGGGGAGAUGGAGAAGCUGGAUGGGCAGAUCUCCAUACGGGGCUCUGUGGCUUAUGUUCCUCAGCAGGCCUGGAUCCAGAACGCCACACUGAGGGACAACAUACUGUUCGGCCGGCCGUAUGUGGAACAGAAAUACCGCUGUGUGCUGGAGGCCUGCGCCCUGACUCCUGACCUGGAAGUGCUUCCUGGAGGAGACCUGACUGAGAUCGGGGAGAAGGGCAUUAAUCUCUCCGGCGGUCAGCGUCAGCGUGUGAGUCUGGCCAGAGCUCUGUACAGUGAAGCAGACGUGUAUCUGCUGGAUGAUCCUCUGUCUGCUGUUGACGCUCAUGUGGCCAAACACAUUUUUGACCACGUCAUCGGUCCUGAAGGAGCGCUCAAGGGAAAGACGCGGAUCCUGGUAACUCACGGCAUCAGCUUCCUGCCGCAGGUCGACAACAUCCUGGUCCUGGUGGACGGACACGUGUCAGAAAUGGGAUCCUAUCAGGAUCUGCUGAGACAGAAUGGAGCAUUCGCAGAAUUCCUGAGAAACUAUUCUCUCGAAGACAUCAUUGAAGAUGACGAACUCACAGUGUCCUUUGAUGAGGAAGAAGAGGAGUUUCCUGAAGACGCUCUCAGCAAUCACACAGAUAUGGUGGAUAAUGAGCCAGUAGUGAAUGAAGCCCGCAGACAGUUCAUGAGGCAGAUGAGCAUCAUGUCUAAUGAUGUGGAGAACCCUAAGAAGAUGUCCCGCCGGCGCCGCUGCAGCGAGAGGAAACAUCCGGAAACACCGACCGAGAAGAAGGAGCCGAAGGUGGAGAAACUGAUCCAGGCAGAGACCACCGAGACGGGCAGAGUGAAGAUGCAGGUGUAUUGGGAGUAUGUGAAGGCGAUCGGGCCUCUGCUGGCGCUCUUCAUCUGUUUUCUGUACGGCUGUCAGAGCGCCGCCGCCAUCGGGGCAAACUUCUGGCUCAGCGAGUGGACGAACGACGCGCUGCACAACCGAACACAGGAGAUGCUGCAGACUAGAGUGGGGGUGUAUGCUGCGCUGGGCAUCUCACAAGGCAUCCUGGUCAUGUUUUCCUCCUUUACUCUGGCUCUGGGAAAGAUCCAGGCGGCCAGAAAGCUGCACCAGGCUCUGCUGGAGAACAAGUUCCAGACGCCGCAGAGUUUCUUUGACACGACUCCCACAGGCCGCAUCAUCAACCGCUUCUCCAAAGACAUCUACGUGGUGGACGAGGUGUUGCCCUCCACCCUGCUCAUGUUCCUGGGCACCUUCUUUGCCUCUCUCUCCACCAUGAUUGUUAUCAUUUUCAGCACUCCGGUGUUCGCGUUCGUCAUUGCCCCGCUGGCCCUCAUUUACUUCUUUGUGCAGAGGUUUUAUGUAGCCACGUCCCGUCAGCUGAAGAGACUGGAGUCUGUCAGUCGCUCUCCAAUAUAUUCUCAUUUCUCUGAGACCAUCACCGGCACCAGUGUGAUCCGCGCAUACGGACGGAACGCAGCGUUCGUGCACAUGAGCGAUAAUAAAGUGGACGAAAACCAGAAGAGCUACUACCCUGGUAUCGUCUCCAACAGAUGGCUAGGCGUCCGCAUUGAGUUUAUCGGGAACUGCAUUGUUUUGUUUGCUGCUCUGUUCGCCGUCACAGGAAAAGACAAACUCAGCCCCGGGCUGGUGGGUCUGUCAGUAUCGUACGCCCUGCAGGUCACGAUGUCACUGAACUGGAUGGUGCGAAUGACCUCUGACCUCGAGAGCAACAUAGUAGCAGUGGAGAGAGUGAAGGAGUAUUCAGAGACACAGACGGAGGCCCCAUGGGAGGUGCUGGAGAAGAAGCCUCCUCCAGACUGGCCUCCGCUGGGGAACGUGGAGUUUGUGGAUUACAGUGUCAGAUAUCGAGAAGGUCUGGAUCUGGUGCUGAAGAACAUCUCUCUGAAGGUCCGCGGAGGAGAAAAGAUCGGCAUUGUGGGACGCACAGGCGCCGGGAAGUCCUCCAUGACUCUGUGUCUGUUUCGGCUGCUGGAGGCGGCGGGUGGAGAAAUCGUGAUCGAUGAUGUGAAGAUUUCAGAGAUCGGCCUGCAUGACCUGCGCUCCAAACUCACCAUCAUCCCUCAGGAGCCAGUUCUGUUCUCCGGGACGCUGCGCAUGAAUCUGGACCCUUUUGAGAGGUACAGUGAUGAGGAAGUGUGGAAAGCUCUGGAGCUCUCGCAUCUGCAGAAGUUCGUCACCAAUCAGGCUGCCAAACUGGAGCUGGAGUGCUCAGAAGGAGGAGAAAACCUCAGUGUGGGUCAGAGGCAGCUGGUGUGUUUGGCUCGUGCUCUGCUCAGGAAGACUCGUAUCCUGGUUCUGGAUGAAGCGACGGCUGCAGUGGAUCUGGAGACGGAUGAUCUGAUUCAGAGCACUAUCCGUACAGAGUUCCAGGACUGCACCGUCUUUACCAUCGCACACAGACUCAACACCAUCAUGGACUACACCAGAGUGCUGGUUCUGGAUAAGGGACAGAUCGCAGAGUUCGACACUCCCACUAACCUGAUCAAUCAGAAAGGCCUGUUUUUCGGCAUGGCCAAAGACGCGGGACUGGCCUGAGAACAGCCGGAGCGGAGCCGCAGUGCCUUCACAAUCACUCAGAGCCAGUCUGCGAUUAUAUACCAGUGUUGGGGAAGCCUACAUUUCAAAGUAAUGCGUCACAACGUUGAGUUACUCAUCAAACAAAUUACUAGUUACAUUUAUGGUAAGUAAUGCGUUUCAAUAUUGAGUUACUCCCCAAACAAGUUACCAGUUGCGUUACUUAUGUGUUACAAUAUUGAGUUUCUCCCUAAUAGAGUAACUUGUUGCGUUACUUAGUUACUUUUUAUGGAAAGUAAUCUAUAACAAUAACAAGUUACUCCCCCAAAAAAGUAACCAGUUGUGUUGCUUAUUUUAAUGGAAAGUAAUGCGUUACAAUAUUAAGUUACUCAACAAAAGAAGUAACUAGUUACAUUACUUAGUUACAUUUAUGGUAAGUAAUCCAUAACAAUGAGUUACUCCCCCAAAAAAGUAACUAGUUGUGUUAGGUAUUUUUAAUGGAAAGUAAUGCGUUACAAUAUUAAGUUACUCAACAAAAGAAGUAACUAGUUACAUUACUUAGUUACUUUUUAUGGAAAUUAAUGCAUUUGAAUUUUGAGUUACUCAACAAAACAAGUUACUAGUUGCAUUACUUAGUUACUUUUUAUGGAAUGUAAUCCGUAACAAUAAUGAGUUACUCCCUAAAAGAGUAACUAGUUGCGUUACUUAUUUACUUUUUAUGAAAAUUUAUGCGUUACAAUAUUGAGUUAGUCCCCAAAAAAAGUAACUAGUUGCGUUACUCAGUUAUUUUUAUGGAAAGUAAUCCGUAACAAUAAUGAGUUACACUCCCAAAACAAUAGCUAGUUGCAUUACUUAGUUACAUUGAGUUACUUGCUAAAAAAGUAAUGUUGCGUUACUUAUUUACUUUUUAUGAAAUUAAUGUGUUACAAUAUUGAGUUACUCCUCAAAAAAGUAACUAGUUGUGUUACUUAGUUACUUUUUAUGGAAGGUAAUCUGUAACAAUAAUGAGUUACUC